AUGCGGCCGCGUAGGGAGCGACCGCGGGGAGGAGCGAGAGGCGAUGGCGGGGAGGAGGGAGAGGCGACCGUGGGGAGGAGGGAAAGGCGACAGUGGGGAGGAGGAGAGGCGACUACGGGGAGGAGGGAGAUGCGACGGCGGGGAGGAGGAGAGGCUACGGCGGGGAGGAGGAGAGGCGACGGCGGGGAGGAGGGAGGCGACGGCGGGGAGGACGGAGAGGCGACGACGGGGGGAGAUGCGACGGUGGGGAGGAGUAUAGGCGACGGCGGGGAGGAGGGAGGCAACGGCGAGGAGGAGGGAGGCGAUGGCGGGGAGGUAAGGGAGAGGAGAUGGCGAGGUGGAUGGUACGAAGUCAUUCGGCCCUGUCGCCGCCCUUCCACGGCCCCAUCGCCGCCCUUCCACGACCUCGCCACCCGCCCUUACAGCGGCCCCGUCGACCGCCCUUUCGCGGCCCCGUCACCGCCCUCCAGCGGCCCCGUCGCCGCCCUUCAGCGGCCCCGUCGCUGCCCUUUCAGCGGCCCCGUCGCCGCCCGCCCUUUUUGCGGCCCCGUCGCCGCCCUUCCACAGCCCCGUUGCCGCCCUUCCACGGCCUCGCCGCCCGACCUUACAGCGGCCCCGUCGUCCGCCCUUCCGCGGCUCCGACACCGCCCUUCCCCGGCCCCGUCGCCGCCCUCCAGCGGCCCCGUUGCCGCCCUUCAGCGGCCCCAUCGCCGCCCUUUUCAGCGGCCCCGUCGCCGCCCAUUCAGCGGCCUCGUCGCCGCCCUCGCACGGCCCCUGGACUUUGAGGUCUGGGUAGAUGAUCUGCAGCUUUUCCUACAGUGCGAUAGGGCAGACGGUCUCUCCCUAUUCGACCUCACUUCUGGUGGCUCUCCCGCCCUUGCUACUGAUGCUGACGCCACUGUUCGCUCACAGUGGGCCACGCGCGAUGCUGCUGCUCGCCAUGCUGUGCCCCGCCACUUACCGACCACUGAGCGCGCGCAUUUCAGCCAGUACAAGAGUGCUCAGACCUUGAACGACGCUGUAGUUGCACGCUACUCUUCCCCUGCCACUGCUGCAUUGAGCCGCCUCAUGGUACCGUACCUCUUCUCUAACCUUGCUGCCUUUCCCACAGUCGCUGACCUUAUUACGCACCUCCGCACUAGUGACACUCGCUACCGCGCUGCGCUUCCUGCUGAGGACCACUUCCUCUCAGUUUGCCCCACCACUCUCACCAUUGACCUUCUCGAGAAGGCCCUCCUAGCGGCAGAGAAGAGCAUAGUCGCUGUAGGAGCCUCUCGUGGUGACCCUCGCACCCCCGUCUUUGAGGGGUGUUCUCCCUCCCCCCUCUUGCCCUCUGUUGCCUCUGCUGCUGCGGCCGACCUCGUUGGUUUCGAGUCGGUCGGCGAUGCGUCUGCCCCGAGCGGGAAACGCCGCACCGGCAAGGGCAAGGGGGGCAAGGGCACUGGAGGGGCUGGAGGGGGCGGUGGAGGUGGCGGUGGAGGCAGUGGAGGGAGUGGGGGUGGUAGUGGGAGUGGUGCCGGGGGUGGCGGCGGCGGCGGCAGCAGUGGAGGCGGCGGAGGCGGUGGUGGUGGCGGAGGGAGCGGAGGCGGCGGAGGGAGCGGAGGCGGCGGAGGUGGAGGAGGAGGUGGAGGUGGAGGAGGCGGCGGAGGCGGCGGUGGCGGCGGCGGUGGUGGAGCGAGUCGCGACUCUGUGCAGAGGAGUGGCUCAGGUGCUGGUGAGGCUACUGCUCGCGGUGCUAGUGCGUCAACUUCCCCAGGUGCUAGUGCGUCUGCUGCCCCAGGUGCUGGUGAGUCUGCGCUCUCAAGUACAAUGUCGGCUGAGGCCUUACACACCUUCACCCUUGACUCGGGUGCGUCCCGCUCCUUCUUUCGAGACCACACCACUCUUACGCCGCUCAGUCGGCCGGUUGCAGUCUCCCUGGCAGACCCCUCUAGGGGUCCUGUCCUUGCUAGCUUCUCCACUGUCUUACCGUGCCCGGCGGCCCCCUCUGGCACCCUGUCAGGUCUCUACCUCCCCUCGUUCUCUACGAACUUGGUGAGUGGAGCCGACCUACAGGAUAGGGGGGUUGACCAGUUCACUCCUGCGAGUCAGCGAGUGACCCACUGCACGUGUGCUCGGACAGGCCGACACUUGGCCACGUUCACCCGUCGGCCAGGGUUGAGCCUGUACACCCUUACUACUGAGUCUCCUCCGGCUGCAGAGUGUGCCCAGGUAGCUGCGUCAAGUCAGGUGUUUGCUGCAGCGUCCAGGUAUGGUCCUGAGUCUGCUCCCUGCUCGUAG